AUCGCUGUUCAAGCCUUACCCUAAUUAAAGAUUCGACAUUCGUCCACACGGUAAAGCCUGAGUACUCAGAGUAUGAUUACAUUUUGGUCCUUAUGAUCUUUCAAAUAGCAAAUAUGCCCAUGACGUGAACCCGUUCAGUCAUUUAACAUCGUUAAAUGUUAAUGUCUCUUCGUCAUACCAAAUCCUAUAUCCAUUUGGCGUCCGGGAAAAAAAAUUGGCAGCGUACACUCCGCAUUUUAACCGCCGGCGACGGCGACAUUCCGGUUAGAUUCGUCGAGAAGAGAGUCUCUGAACCGACGUAAUUUCGCAACUUCAGUACUACUGGUUCGUUCGCCCAAACUCUCAGUAAACGAAACCCACUCCUUCACCAUCUACGACGGCCUUACCCCAAAUUGGGUCAUCGACCCGCUGAUGUACGAAACCCCAACAAUUUAUUGAUGCAUCCUCACUCCUGCCUACCAAUGCAAAUACUCCCAAAUUGAUAUAGAAGAAGAAAAAAGGAUCUUCAUUCUAUUAUGGAGGAUGACCAAAUGAAAAUAAGCUGUGGGAGCAAAAGAGCAAGAUCUGCAGAAUUUAAUUUACACUGGAGUGAAUGGCAACUCCUUGAUUCCAUUCUCCCUACCGGAGGGUUCGCUCAUUCAUUUGGUAUUGAGGCUGGUGUUCAAGCCCGCACUAUUUCAUCUCCUGAUGAUCUUCGAACUUAUCUGAUUCAUGUGUUGGAGAAUACUGGGAGCUUACUACUUCCUUUUGUUUACUCUGCAACUGUUAAUCCAACUUUAGAAACCUGGCAUAAACUUGACAGAAUGUUGGAUGCAACUUUAACUAAUGAAGUAAGUCGAAAGGCAUCAAUUACACAAGGUUUGGCACUUAUGAGAGUAGCUGCUGCAGUGUUUUCAGAAAUUCCCUCUCUCAAAAGUAUGAGGGAAACCUCUUUGUGCUCUGGCACUGUUGCUUUCCACCAUGCUCCUGUUUUUGGGAUGAUCUGUGGACUUCUUGGGUUGCAGAGUGAAACUUCUCAGAGAGCUUACAUGUUUGUCACAAUAAGAGAUGCUAUUUCUGCAGCUACACGAUUGAACUUAGUUGGACCACUUGGUGCAGCCGUAUUGCAGCAUGAGAUUGGUGUUGUUGCUGAAGCUAUGUUGAACAGAUGGAAAGACCGUGUAGUUGAGGAAGCUUGCCAAACGGCUCCAUUGCUUGAUAUUGUGCAAGGGUGUCAUGGUUACUUGUUUUCUAGACUGUUUUCUUCUUGAUGUUCCAGCAAGGGCUUCAGUUUUUUUUUUUUUCCUUCUGUUUUGUUCAUCUACGAGCUUUGUAAAUUUCGGCUGAUUUUUAAGAAACCUAAAUGUGGAUUGCUCGAUGACAUGUUAUGGCCUUCAACAAUGUGUUUGAUGUAUUUGUUAUUCUCAACUCAGAUUUUAUCAAUUUACAGUUGAUUGAAAAUUCGUAUUUA